AUGUCGGUGGAUCGUUUGUAUGUCUUCAACCCUCUCCCAGAGUCAGCGACGGAAAUUCAGACAAUCAUCAUGGACCUUUUCAGCGAUUUCUCUCAACAAGAGAUGGAUCAUUUGACGUCAAGCUCGAGCGUACAAAAAACAAGUGUGAAGGAGCUUGAGAGUCAGCUGGGGUCCCUACUACUGCAUAAUGUACAUGAUCUCGGUGAAGAAGGUAGUAAAGUUGCGACUAUCGAAGAAAGAGCUGUGGAAGAGGAAGAAGACGAAGAAGAAGCAGAAGGUCAAUACGACAAUGUCGAGGGAGUAUCUCUUGAAGAUAUGGCACCGCCGGAGAGAUUCCAUUUCGAGGACUGGGAGAGAUUAGGUCAAUACGACAAUGUCGAGGGAGUAUCUCUUGAAGAUAUGGCACUGCCGGAGAGGUUCCAUUUCGAGGACUGGGAGAGAGUACAGAAUGACUUAGAGGAGAUCUUCCAAUCUGCGUGGGACGCAGAAGUCAAUGAUGCUGCCCCGCCCUAG